CGAAACCGCAUUACACACAGUUCAGCCCUUCACCAGCAGCGAUGGGAAAACAAACUUUAACUGCGCGACAGAGAUAAGAAUCAGCCGUUAUCCGUGUGAAAACUCGAGCGGCGUGUCGGCUGUCGGGAUUAGGAUGAUUUUCAGAAACUGUCCCGGUUCGGUGCUGCUCGAAAAGCAACAGCAUUGAGGCGCAGAGCCGCUCGGAGUUGCGGGAUUAGUUCGCUCGCAGCCUGACAGCGGAGGCUGACUGCGGUGGGAUGGGCUGUGAGGUGUUCAAGAUGGCGGCGCCCUGUGGAGUGAAUCUUCUCUAACAGCGGUGCCUGGAGACUGUAUUGGUGGGCGGGCCCCAGGAGUCCUCCAGGCAAGCCGGGACUGACACUGUGAGAGAAACGCGGCCUCCACCUCCAGCACUGCCACCAUGGCCAGGGAGCAGCCCAACGUCGGGGACCUCCUCCCGCUCCUGGAGACCUCCGACCUCCAGCAGCUGGAAGAGAUCCGGAGCCUCAUCAACGAGCAGCUCAGCACCGAGCGAGGCUCCAUGCUGCUGAACGCGUUGGUGGACUACUUCCUGGAAACCAACUCCACCCAGGCCCUGCAUAUCCUGUCCUCCGUCAGAGAGCCGCACGACAAGCACCUUCUGGACAAGAUGAACGACUGUAUGGCCAAACCAGCUUGCCGGCUGCCCACCCUCAUGCUGCUCGGCCACGUGGUCCGAAAGCAGCCGUCCUGGAUCCACAAGAUGGCCCGCUACCCUCUGCUGCUCUCACUGCUGAAAUGCCUCAAGACGGACACAGACGUAGUGGUGCUGAUAACCGGAGUUCUGGUGCUCAUCACUCUGCUUCCCAUGAUCCCUCAAGCCGGGAAGCAGCACCUCUGGGAGUAUUUUGACAUCUUCGGCCGCCUGGCAUCGUGGAACCUCAAGAACCCAGGCCACGUUUCCGAGGUCUACCUGAUCCACCUCCACGCCUCCGUCUACUCCCUCUUCCACAGGCUCUAUGGAAUGUAUCCAUGCAACUUCGUCUCCUACCUGCGCUCCCACUACAGCAUGAAGGAGAACAUGGAGACCUUCGAGGAGGUGGUGAAGCCAAUGCUUGAACAUGUUCGUAUACAUCCUGAGUUGGUGACGGGAACCAAGGACCACGAGCUCGACCCCACCAGGUGGAAAAAGUAUGAAAUCCAUGAUAUCGUCAUUGAAUGUGCCAAAGUGUCCAUAGACCCAAAAGAGGCGUCCUAUGAGGAGGGCUACGCCACCAUGCCUGAGAACUUUUACCCACAAGCUCACCUGCGGGCGCAGGACUCCACGUCGAGCCCCUACACAGACCUGCACAGCAGCUACGGAAGUUCCUCUUCGACGCCGUUCUCGACUCCGCGGCAGCCGCUGCCCCCGCCCCUGUCCCUGCCGCCCCUCUCAGGGACUCAGUCCUCCUCGUCCUACCGCAGCCCGCAGACCUCCAGACGGCAGAACUCAAACAGUGAACUGAACUCUUCCUGUGGGGGGAAGGACCCCCUGUGGAGCCCCUCCUCUCUGUGCGGCAUGGCCACGCCCCCUUCCUCCAGGGGCAUGUCGCCCAACCUGGAGCUCUCCCACAGUGCCUCACACCUUCCCAGCCGCUUCCACUGCACGUCAGGAGGAAAAGGAACGCCGGCCUCCAGCACUCCAGCCACCUCAUCCCCACCUCCCUCUCUGUCAGAUGACUUCCCUGUAAUCUCCUUGCCAGCCAACACGGUCCAGUCCAGUCCGCCGAGAAAAGAUCGUCGACCAGGAGAAACCAGUAAGCCUGGACUGGUGAGACAGGAGCAAGUCAGAGAGAUGGAGAAGAGUGUAGAGGGAGCUGCAAACAGAGACGCAGGAAGUGCAGCGAAUGUCCCCAUGACGCUGACGGAGCUGUCGGUUUUCGUGACGAAGGAGCUGGACCUUCAGCUGAGAACGGAGAAGGAGAGAGAAGAAGCUGCCAUCACAGAGGAGCUGAUGAAACUCACUGAAGACAAGCAGGAGCUGCCGGGGCUGAGAGGCUACGACUCUCCUUUCUUCCACACCACUGAGACUCUGACGGGCCGCCAGACGCAGAACCCGACCUCCUCCACCAACGCCCACCCGGGCGGCCCCAUCAGAGAGCCGCGCUACGCCGCAUCCACUCCGGACAGAGCCGAGAACGCCUCAGGCGGCGGCGCUGGCGACAGAGCAGCAGCGUCAGAUCGGUCCGCCGUGGAUCGGUUCUGGUCCUUCACCCCCAUCGACCACCACCUGCUUCGGAGCCCCUCUGCCCCCGACGACGACUCCUCCAAGUUUGAGAUGUUCUCCCCGAGCCCGUGUGGCAAAGCGCCGGUUCCGUACGAGUCGCUGUUCGCGCUGGCCCUGCCCAGGGCCGCCUCGCUGUUCGUGGGCCAGAAGACGUCAGAGGCCGUCCACAAGGUGGCGAUGGAGAGGCUGCUGCAGCGCGAGGAGGGCCUGGAAGACGGGGAGGAGGAGGGCGUGGUGUCGGCUUCGCCACUGGAGGUGUUGGACCGCCUUGUUCAGCAGGGGAGUGACGCACACGACAAAGUCCUGAAGAGAUUACCUUUGCCAAGUAAGUCAGCUGACUGGACUCACUUUGGAGGCUCGGCUCCUCUGGACGAGCUCCACACGCUGCGCAGCCAGCUGCUGCUGCUGCACAACCAGCUGCUGUACGAGCGCUACAAGAGGGAGCAGCACGCCGUCCGCAACCGCCGGCUCCUCCGACGCAUCAUCAACGCCACGGCGCUGGAGGAGCAGAACAACGCAAUGAAGGCCCAGCUGAACCUGCAGAGCGUGGACAUCGUGUCUCUGAGGGACAGCCUGCAGGUGGAGCAGCAGCGCUACCGGCAGCUGUGGGACGACCGCGAGACCGUGGUGACCCGCCUGCACAGCCAGAUCCGGCAGCUGCAGCAGAGCCGCGACGACUACUACACCAAGAACCAGGAGCUGCAGAGCAAGUUACAGGAGUGUCAGAAGAGGAUGGACGACCUGGAGGCGGAGCUUCAGACGGCCAACAACAAAGUCGGCCACACCGGGCAUCUGCUCAACCAGAUGAUGGUCAAGCUGAGCAACAGCGAGAGCAGCCAGCAGCAGAUGAGCUUCCUGAACAAGCAGCUGCUGCUGCUGGGGGAGGCGCAUAAGCUGUCCAUGCAGGACGCCCAGCAGCCAGGCAUGAGCAACACAAAGGAGACGGAGAUGCUGCGGAUGUCCCACGUGAAGGAGGUGGACUCCCUGAGGCAGAGUCUGCUGGCCCAGAGCCAGAAGCUGGAGGCGGCGCAGCAGCGAGCGGCCGAGCUGGAGGCGCUCCUCUCCAAGAAGGAGCACCUCAUCGCCGAGCAGAAGAAGUUCCUGGAGGACGUGAAAUGCCAAGCCAGGGCGGAGCUGCAGGCGUCAGACUGCAGGUUCCAGGCUCAGAGGAGAGUCACCCAGCUGCUGCAGACUGAGCUGCUGCAGCUCUACAGUCGGGUGGAGAUGGAGGCUCCGGCCGCCGCCGGCAGCAGUUCACCACCAGGGGGCAGAGCUGAGACACGCACGCAUCCAGACUGCAGCGGCGGCGCUGCAGGCGGUCUUCACGCCAUCGAGCAGCCGAACAGCCCGUCGCCUCACGAUUCCCCACGGGGGACGAAUGGCAGCACUUUAUCGCCGGGGCAACCGAAGGCGAGCAGCUCCUCCUUGCCCCCGGCCAGCUCCAUGAAUGGAGGCCAGGACCUGACGCCGCCCCUGCUGAUGGAGCCGUCGGCGCCGUUCCCCCACGCCGCCCUGCCGGCCGCGGACGCCCCGCUCACCGUGGGCUCCUACCCCAGCGCCAAGAGCUUCCUGGGCAUGAAGGCGCGCGAGCUUUUCCGCAACAAGAGCGAGAGCCAGUGCGACGACGAGCAGCCGCCGCCGCCACGCCUCGCCGGCCUCGCCCACGGCCUGAAGACCGAGCUGUGCGUGGAGCCCGGUCCGGCCGGCCCAGCUGCCGUCACUGUGCACGCCAAGGAGCCGCCGCCCGAGCCCAGACUGCGACCCCUCGGCCAGGGCAGCCCUCACAGAAAAGCCGGGCCUGGGCAGGCCGGCGGUAGGGGCCCCUCGGGGCACAGUUGCCCUCGGCAACAGCUAAAGAUUAUGGACUACAACGAAACGCAUCACGAGCACAGUUAAAGUCAGAGAACUGAGAACGGAGUAAAGCUACAAAUCAGCAGAAGAGUCACACGUCCGCAACUCUUUGGCAUUCAGUGUUAUUUGUCCUCUUAAGUGGACAACAGGAUUUCCUGCUUCUCUUUUCCUUUUUUUGUUUUUUAAAUCAUUCCGAUAAAUUUUUUAAAAUGAAACACGCAGAACAUUUGAGUAAUAACAUGUAAAAACGUCUGUGAAUGACUGAAAGCUACAGUAUGCAACUUUUAUCAAAAAUAUUUUUUACAUAUUUCUUAAAACUGUCAUGUCAUGGCAGUGUGUUAUCAGACAGAUAAUGUGUGAAAAGAUUCAUUUCCUCCACUUCCUCCCUGGCCAAAAACAACCAAUGAGAGCCAGGAGGAGGGGCUUAGCGCUGUCAAUCAGUACUGUUAAAUGUGCUAAUGGUAAAGAAAAUGGUCAUCUGUGGCUAUGCUAACCAGCCUGAGCAUUCACAACAUGUUAUGCUAGCUGCGGUGUUUUAGAGAGCAAAGUAGGUAUGAGCAGCACCAGGCAAGACCUGCAGCGCUAAGACCUGCUUCUUGGCUCUGAUUGGUUGUUUCUGGUUAGCAUUGGAAGCUAGAAAGGGAGCUACAUUUUUUUUCACAGAUUAUCCACUUAAUACUAAACUGUCACGACAUAGUGACAGUUUUUUGCAAAUAUGUAAAAAAAUACAUACCUUUAUAGCGUUACAGCUGAAACUUUUAAGGAAUUCCCAAACUUCCUUGAAGAAAGCUCAGGUUGGUUCUAGAUUUUUUUGAAAUUUGGAUUAUGAAGUAAGACAAAAAAAAAAUCUGAAAUGAAAUCUUUCAAUAGUUUUUAAAAUUAUUUCCGACUCUACAAGAGUCCUGGCUGAAGGUUUUCCAGAUGUUGACUCUUCUGGCUUUGUUGGAAAAUGUAGGAGUAUUAAUAAUCUGAAACAUUUCCGUGCUAGCUUUAAUGUUCAGGAAGAAAAUGUUGCCAAAACAUCCUGAGGAAAGCAGGCUGAAUGUACAAACUCAACAUCCCACUUCUCCUGGAUUCCGUUGUUUUGUUUUGAUACACAGUGUACUAACUGGUUCAUAGCAUUUCUAUAUCCCAUGUAAACAAUAACGGCGAUUCCAAACAUCUGGCCCAAUGGGUUUCCUGCAUUUCUUAGUUUUUAUUUCAUUUUCUGGAACUGAUCAUGAAAAGCCUGUUGUCCACUGGGAACUCCUGCUGUCAUUUCCUUCUGCCUCGCUAUCUGGAGCAUGUUUAACAAACCUCUUUAAAUGCCAACUGUAGAAAGGACAGGAAACCACCAACAGGAGGUACAAUCAGCACAAACACACGACAACCAGGACUCCGAGCGGAGCCGGAGCAUCUGGGUCAAAACGGCAAAUAAAAGGAAGUUCAUAAAGCAGUGGCUUGUGUUUAACUGUGAACAAUAAAGAUCGUCUUCAAUGUUUUGCACUA